AUGGCGGAAGAGAGGGACGCAACGUCAGUGCCACUCAGUCAAGGAUCCCGCGAAGACGAAGAUCCCGAGGAUCCCGUAAAAUCUCCUCCUAAUUCUCCAAAUUCUUCCACCCGUAAGGCUUGCUGUUUUGUGCUUCAAAGUUGGGUCUCAAAGAAGUUCAUGACUGGAUGUGUCGUUCUAUUUCCUGUUGCUGUCACAUUUUUCGUGACUUGGUGGUUUAUUCAGUUUGUCGAUGGUUUCUUCAGUCCACUAUAUGAACAACUGGGCAUUGACAUAUUUGUUUUUGUAUUUCUCGUUGGUGUCUUCGUUUCAUCGUGGCUGGGUGCUACUGUUUUCUGGAUUGGAGAGUGGAUUAUAAAGCGAAUGCCAUUCGUUAGGCAUCUAUACUCAGCCUCCAAGCAAAUCAGUUCUGCAAUUUCUCCAGACCAAAAUACUACUGCAUUUAAGGAAGUAGCAAUUAUACGGCAUCCACGAGUAGGGGAAUAUGCAUUUGGAUUUAUCACUUCAUCUGUCCUGCUUCAGAAUGCCAUAGAAAUGCUGAAAUCUGAUGUCAGGGUAGCUACCUCUGUUUCAACCAGAAUCGAAAAACAUAAUUCCCAUUGUAUACACAAGAAUGGAGAAGAAACAUAA